AUGCCAUUCUCAUUUAACUACGAAUACGAGUGUUGUGCAUGUCAUGAGAUGGGAAAAUUUGUCGACUACAAAUGUUUCCAAUGUAACUACAAUCUCCACACCAAGUGUGCGAUUCUACGUCAUAGAAACCCUCUUGAGGACCUUAAUCAUAGGCGUUCUCGUUUACUUGAGUCUUUGUUUGAUCGUCAUACCGACUUUGCUUUAAUGACCACCGAGGAUGUGAUUCUACAUAUAGACAAAGUUUUAGAUGCUUGUCAAAAAAUUCUUGAAGAGUUGGACAGAAUUUCGAAGGAUCUCGGUGCCUCCUCCAUCGACGAAACUCUUCCACUACAACAUGGUAACUAUCUCAAAAGAAUGAAACGUUUGAACGAAAUUCUUGAAGAGUUGUACACAAUAGAGAUUUAA